CAAGCUUCAAGAAGACUAGCAAAAGGACGCAGAUGGAUGCCUGACUGUCAGUCCAGCCAUUAAUCCAUAAAAUACAACCCUGCUGCUUAGAUCGCAAGAUGCAAGACCUGCUGUCAGAAGCCGGCCCUGAUUUCCCUGAGGCUGAGGAGGCUCCAUCGGACGCCAGGCAGGGGCUGCCCCCCAGCGGGUUCAAACAGGAGGGUGAUGGAGAUGCUGGAAGGCAACCGCCCAGGCGUCCUCAUCCAUCUCUUCUUUCCGGGGGAGCAGAAGAAGAUUCGGGAGGAGGGGAUCAGGUGACCUUUGAGGAAGUGGCCGUGCAUUUCACGGAGGAAGAGUGGGCGCUGCUGGAUCCGGCCCAAAGAGCCCUGCACAGAGAAGUCAUGGAGGAGAAUGCUGCAAAUCUGGCCUUUCUGGCUUCAGGACUAAGAUGGUUCAAAGCAAAGAGCUUCAGCACGAGUGGAGAACUUAAUAAACACCAUAGAACUCACACUGGGGAGAAGCCAUAUAAGUGCUUGGAGUGUGGAAAAAGCUUCAACCAGAGUGGACAGCUUAAUGUACACCACAGAACCCACACUGGGGAGAAACCAUAUAAAUGCUUGGAGUGUGGAAAAAGCUUCAACCAGAGUGGACAUCUUAAUAAACACCAUAGAACCCACACUGGGGAGAAACCUCAUAAAUGCUUGGAGUGUGGAAAGAGCUUCAGCCAGAGUGGACAUCUUAAUAAACACCAUAGAAUUCACACUGGGGAGAAACCAUUUGAAUGCUUGGAGUGUGGAAAGAGCUUCAGCACGAGGGGCAAUCUUACUUUACAUCUCAGAACCCACACUGGGGAGAAACCACAUAAAUGCUUGGAGUGUGGAAAGAGCUUCAGCCAGAGUGGAGAUCUUAAUGUACACCUCAGAACCCACACUGGGGAGAAACCACAUAAAUGCUUGGAGUGUGGAAAGAGCUUCACCACGAGGGGAAACCUUACUUUCCACCAUAGAACCCAUACUGGGGAGAAACCACAUAAAUGCUUGGAGUGUGGAAAGAGCUUCAGCCAAAGCGGAGAUCUUAAAGUACACCAUAGAACUCACACAGGGGAGAAACCGCAUAAAUGUUUGGAGUGUGGAAAGAGCUUCAGCACAAGUGGACAGCUUUCUUUACACCGUAGAACCCACACAGGGGAGAAACCAUAUAAAUGCUUGGAGUGUAAAAAGAACUUCAGCACGAGUGGACAGCUUUCUUUACAUCGUAGAACCCACACAGGGGAGAAACCAUAUAAAUGCUUGGAGUGUGGAAAAAGCUUCAGCAAGAGAAGAUACCAUAAUAUACACCGUAGGACCCACACUGGGGAGAAACCAUAUGAAUGCUUGGAGUGUGGAAGAAGAUUCAGCCAGAGGGGAGAUCUUGUUAUGCACCAUAGAACCCACACUGGAGAGAAACCAUAUACGUGCUUGGAGUGUGGAAAGAGCUUCAGCCAGAGUGGAGAUCUUACUAGACACCAUAGAACCCACACUGGGGAGAAACCAUAUAAAUGCUUGGAGUGUGGAAAGAGCUUCAGCCGUAAUGGACAUCUUACUAUACACCGUAGAGAACACACUGGAGAGAAACCAUAUCACUGCUUGGAGUGCGGAAAGAGCUUCCGCCAGAGUAGACAGCUUAAUGAACACCAUAGAAUCCACUCUGGGGAGCAACCGCAUGAAUGCUUGGAGUGUGAAAAGAGUUUCAGGAGGAAUUCAGACCUUACCACAGAUGCACAAACUCAUUCAGCGUAACCGAAACUGAAACUGCAGAGAAACCUGAGAAUCUUACUCACUCUGUGAAAUACCCUUGCUUUUACCCUUGUUUCUGAGGGAUUUGAUGGUCCUCCUUGUGUUUCUGGUGGUUCUGUGUUACAAAGAAGUCUACCUAAUUGGUUCCAACUGAUUCAUGACAAUUCGUGUUUCACAGCAUGCUCUUUCUUUUCCUUGACUCUGAACACAUUUCUGUGUUGGUCGGUGUAGACAAUACUGAGCGGGAUGGACCAAUGUUUUGUCUAUAUUUGGGAACUCCAUAUGUUCAUCCAGAGUCUCCACCACGGCUCGGGGGAAGCUCCUGCUUUGCAGGCCGAUGGCCACAGGGUCAAGCCCUGGCAGCAUCUCCAGCUGCUGGGAAAGACGCCUGCCCAUCAUCUUGGAGAGUCACUGCCAGCCAGUGUAGACCACCGUUGGAUAAUUUUGCCCCUCCUGCAGAUGUUGGAUACAACUCCCAUCAUCCUCUGACUAUUGGCUACUGUGGCUGGGAAUGAUGGGAGUUGUUGUCCAAAAACAGCUGGAGGGCUUAAGUUGAGCAGGGCUGUCCUAGAGCAAGGAGCGAAGCAGGAGCUCUGCCACUGAGCCCCAUCCUUAGGAACAUAGAAAGGAGUAGGAGGCUUGCAUUCCUUACCUACCUACCUACCUACGUACCCAUACACGCAUAUGCCACAUGUAAUCACAUUCUUUCAACCCUUUAUAAGGUUUUAUAAGGCUCCUCUGCAUGGGUUCAUAUAUAUCAGUUUGGUUGGGAUCUGUUUGAGCAUUCUACAGGCUUGUUCCAGUGUUUCCGCUAACAGGGAUUCCCAGGUCUUAUUGACUACAACUCCCAUAAUCCCUAAGCAAAGGCUGUUGCAGCUGGAGAAUGCUGGGAACUGUAGUCAAGAACAUCCGGGCACCCCAGUUAGAGGGAACGUUGAGCUGUUCUUUUUGAAAAUUGCUAUUCUGCGCGAAUUGCUGCGCUGUCCGAAUUCUUGGCAGGACAGAGCAAGAUGGAGCUGGCUUUAGGUCAGAUACCUGGUCAGAUACAUGGGGCAUUGGGACAUGAAUGCAAAUUAGAUGGCUUAUUUUCUAACAAACAAAUCACAAGAACACAGAAGGGGCUUUUCCUGCUUAGUGUUGGCCAUUAGGUAAGGGCAAAUAACCAUGAUAUCAUAGAACCCAAAUAUACAAGUGAUGUAAGCAAGCUAUGUAAGCCAGCAAUUAAUAAAAUCUUAUUACAGCUUA